AUGCACUGCGGCCCGCGCGAUCGAGCUAAGUUCAAGGGUCUCGAUGGCAACGGGUCUGUGGCGGGGCGUCCCUCGCGCCUGGCGGUCGUUCGUCGACUGCCGUCUAUCCGCGGAGCGCGCAAGCCCGGUGGAGACGACCACCGACUUAAUCCCCAGCGGAUAAAGCGGGCCACUGCCGGCCUGGCCCACUGCAGACCUGCGUCGCGAUUCGUGGGUUCGAUACCCGAACGAGUAUUUCUCUAUGUA